UGUCGCGGGUGACGUCGGCGCGGUGUGCACGGGCAGGCAGAGCGGCGUGCGCCUGGCGAGACAAAGGCGGCGGAUGUGAGCACGGCACGAAUAAAGGUGUGUGGCAACAAACACCGCAAGGUAGACGCGCUUCACUUUAAAGAAAUGCUUUUUCUUCGAUAGCUAGCGGAACGAAGAAAGUAGAAACUUGAAAGGGGGGUAAACGCGAGACCUGCUUUCUUAUUCCAUUGAUACGGAUUCUUUUCUGUUUUGAUCUGAGUUGCAUCUUUAUUGCACUGUUAAAUUGAUCGCGGGUGAUCAACUAACGAGGCAGACUUCAUUUAGGACUCGGGAGAAAUAUGAGAAAUGACAUGUCUAGGGCCACAUCGUUGAAAGCAUGUUUAGCAAGCUAGUUCACGGCAAACCAGAAAACAAAGAACUUGCAGCUAAUAUCUCGUAGGCAUGCUCAACUCCGUCAGUGCGCGAUCUAGCCAAGUUAUUGUGCUUUUUUAGACAAAGGCCAAGACAACGUGAGCAGGGACUUAAGGUUGCUGCCUACGAAAAAGUUCUUAUUUCAAAUUUAUAAGCUUUUCAUGAUCUCUUUCAGUAAGGUGUAGGGGAAGACUGCAGUUUGAAAACAGUCAGCAAUAAAGUCACGGCAGGAAAAAACAGCACUGCUUACAACUAAGCAGUGCGAAACCUGUGAUGCAAACAUAGGGAGAAAUUAUCUUCUGAACAACAAAAAAAACAGGAAUAACAAAAAGAAGGGUGAAAGAAAAAAGUGAUUGGGCUUGGGAGUGGAACUGGGAAGAAGGGAAAGGGGGAAACAAAAAGAGGAUCAUCUGAGAAUUAUGCGCUGAUUUAGAUGUUUACGUUAAAGGUGUGCUUUGAUUGAACAUUUUUGUAAAAUUGGCAUUUUCGGUGCAUGGAGAAGGAUUAGAAAACUGCAUCGCACCGACACUAAUGCAGAAACUCAGGAACUAUGCCUAGCCCGCUUUUUCACUCCGAAAUAAUGGAUAGUGAGAGAGUGAUAAGCAGUCAGCACUCCGGGGUUGUCUUGCCCGAUGACUCUGAGCCAGAGUCCCGGGACGAAGAGCAUCAGGACGCGCUCCGCUUCGCCCUCGAUCAGUUGUCUCUCAUGGCCGUGGAGACGGACUGCAGCGACGGGGGAGGAAUGGUCGACUCCCUUGAUGCUACAGACUCUAACCCUGAGACUUGCAAUGGCGUAGGAGGAGGGUUUGGCAGCUUGCAAAUCCUCGAUCACUCCGGUGGAUCGCCCAGAUCUUCGGUAUCAUGUUCUCCUCCCGAGGAGUACUACGGCACCGGUGGUUUUCAUAUGAACGGCCCGCUUACUCACUCCAUGCUGGGGGAGACGAGCUCCGCACUCUGCAGCCGAAAGAGGAGCGUCAAUAUGACGGAAUGUGUGCCAGUCCCUAGUUCGGAGCACGUUGCAGAAAUCGUGGGAAGACAAGGUUGUAAGAUUAAAGCUCUGCGUACAAAGACCAACACCUACAUCAAGACCCCAGUGCGAGGAGAGCAGCCAGUGUUUAUUGUGACUGGGCGGCGUGAAGACGUAGAGAUGGCCAAACGGGAAAUCCUGUCUGCCGCCGAACACUUCUCCAUGAUCCGAGCUUCGCGCUGUAAGGCCGGGGCCGGCUCUUCUGCCGGAGCCGUACCGGGACCCCCCCAUCUGCCGGGACAGACCACCAUCCAAGUGCGGGUGCCAUACCGUGUGGUGGGUCUAGUCGUCGGGCCCAAGGGGGCUACCAUCAAGCGCAUCCAGCAGCAGACUCAUACCUACAUCGUGACCCCGAGCCGUGACAAAGAUCCCGUGUUUGAGGUGACGGGCAUGCCCGAGAACGUGGACCGGGCGCGGGAGGAGAUCGAGACCCACAUCACGCUGCGCACUGGGGCUUUCGUGGACCUGCAGGGGGACAACGACUUCCACAGCAAUGGCACAGACGUCAGCCUGGAAGGGCUGGGUGCCAUGGGCCUGGGUGGCGCUCUGUGGUCCAGGGCCAGCCACCCCGCCUCGCCGUCCGCCCCCCUCUCGCUACACCACCCCACCAGGAAGGUGACACCCGCGUCCUUCUCCGGCGGCGGCAGCCUGGGCUCCGAGUCGUAUUCCGGAACACGCCGGGCACCUGAGAGCGCCAGCGGCCCUGGGAGUCCCUUCAGUGCCGUCGGCGGCGGCGGCGGCGGUGGUUUCACCUUCGGCGGGGAGUCGGCGCCCGGCCUCCCCACCGCACCGGCAGAGGAGCUGGCAUUCGAGUUUGGCGCUGCCCACAUCUGGAGACCCUUACUGAAUGGGUCGCAGCGGCGCAACAGCAGCGGCCUGAGUGGUGGCACCGUCACCCCGCGCCUGUCACCCACCCUGUCUGCGGACCAGGCCGGCCUGGAUCACCCCCUAGCCCGACGGGCCCAGAGUGACCCCCUCAGCACCCUCUCCUGGUUGCAGGCCGGUAACGCAUCCUUCUCUGCAAGCAGCAGCAGCAGCAGUGGGGGCAGCAGCACCGGCUACUCGUCAUCCUGCUCCGCCUCCUCUCUGCCUGGGGGUUCUCCCACUGAGCUAGAGGGGGGGGUCGGCACCUCGGGGAUGCUGGGUCACUUUAAGGCCGGCGCCCUUGCCGUGGGUCCUGCAGAGGCGUCCAAGGACUGCUUGGUGUGCUACGAGAGCGAGGUGACUGCUGCCCUAGUGCCCUGCGGCCAUAAACUCUUCUGCAUGGACUGCGCUGGCCAGAUCUGCCAAUCGGGCGAGCCCAGGUGCCCUGUGUGCCACACGCCCGCCACGCAGUGCAUCCGAAUCUUCUCCUGAUGUCCCGUAAAUCGCAGCCAGAAAUCGGGAGUGGACGGUGUGUCACCGGAGGCGGAGAUCCAGUCGUUUCGUUGAAUCCCGAUGACAAUGUAUGCUCAGAAACAGACAGCAGAUGCAUUAGUCACAACACUCAGAGUGAUUUCAGUGGACGAGGCAGUAUACGUUCAGCAUAUGUGUCGUUUGGAAAGGGAGACAUUGCUUACUGGAUCACAUGACUACUGUCCAUCACUGCAGGUUCCGUUCUGGAGUUAGGGGAAAAAAAUACAGUGUCUUAUCUAUCUUCAGGAGUUAAGCUUAUUAAUGCAGUUUGUUUUAACUUUGUAUACUUUUUAAUUGUUAAAAGCAAUUACUGCGUAAAUGUAAGGAUUCCGUUGUUUUGCUACUUAAGUUAUUUAGCUGCAAGGACCUGGUGCACUUUUUAAAUGUAUUUUUAAAGAGAAUAUAAUUCAUAUAAGGGGCUAGAUAUUUUUAAACGAUUUUUAUCCUGCAUUUAAACUUUUUUUCCUUGAAUGAUGACAAUUGUUGCGAGGUCACUGCGGUUGUGGGAGUUCAGUGUCCUCGCGUUGCAGUUUUUCAUUGCCAGUUAUCUGUGAAGUUUCGUGCUCUGGUGUAGUUUUAGGCUUUGAUAUUUCUGUGUGCGUGUGUCGCGAUAAUGCUUAAAUUUAUAGGAUAGCGAAGUGACUGAUCGGAAAUACAGAUGGAUAAUCAUAUUUUUUCUUUGUGUGUAGGUGUUGAUAAGAGAAUACUUUAACGACAAUAUAUUUAUGCAUAAUUACUGCGAACUCAUAUUCUUUUAAUCGGGAGAUUUUACUUGAAAACUAAGACUGAGAGACCUAAGAUAUCUUUUCAAUGGCUGAUUGUGUUUUUUUAAACCCUUUUCUCCGCUAUUAUUUUUCCAAUUUUUAUAGAAGCUUAUAGAAAGAAUUUCAGACAAUUUUGUGAUUCUCCUACUUUCUUGUGGGUUUUGUUUUAUAAUAAUGAAACCAAAAUCCAUGCGACCACCCGGAUCCCGCUGCAGGUUGACUGUGACACUUUCCGGUCUCCAGUCAAAACUGGUUGCUAACUGUUGUGUCUGGUUUAAAUGGUUUUCCAAAGCCAGACCUGCCAGCAUGUAAAUAUCUGUUAAGGAGCCUGUAAGAUAUAUGGUUGUUUUUAUCUGUAUGAUGGCUGUGCUUUGUGGCUGCGGGGUCUGGUCUCACACUAAUGUUUGGAGAGCAUCUGAAGAGUCGUGGCACUUUAUCACAUGACUGUGGAAGACGGUUUGGUGAUCGGUAAACACACCAGUGUCCUUUUCAAUGGACUGUGUCGUAGUUUUCCUUUUAUUCAAAGCCACUACACUUUCUGCCACUGAGUUCAAGUAAAUAUGUCAUUUUGUUGGCAUUUUUAAUAGCAAUAUACAGUGGCAGGUGUUUGGCAUCCUCUCCGUAUGUGUGGAUUUUAAUUUUAUUUCCCCUCCUUAUGCCCCAAAUGGCGGUCUUCCAUUUUUAUAAAGUCCCUCUCUUCCCAAACUAGGUAUUUGUUUAAUUCUCAGUGUAUAAAAAAUGAAUUGCUGGGAUUAGCCCCUAAAUGCAAAUAGCAUAGACACCCAGGAGAUGCGAGAAGCCAUAAAUCACUCAUGUAAGAAGGGUCUACAAACACUGACUGAUAUAUUUCACUGUUUACCGUCUUUUCAGCACACUG